AUGGCUCGUUACGGCUCCUUGGGCGCUACCUUCCAACUCGCGCGCCUCUUCCAGGCAUGCUCACUGAUCGCUAUCAUCGGGAUGACGGCCAAAUUCAUUUCAUCCAUUGUGUCGAGCAACGACACGCCUCCGAAUGUGCUGAUUGGGACCAUCAGCGUGACCAGCAUCGCAGUCCUAUACUGCCUCAUAACCUCCAUUCUCUUCUUAGACGACAUCCUCCCCUUCCUCGCCUGCUCCGCCCUCGAUUUUUUGUUACUGAUCGCCCUCGUCGUCGUGGCGGUGGUACUGGGCAAACCGCUCUCCUACCUCAAGUGCAGCACGCUAGCGAGCCUGAACGAUAAGGAUGCGACAGCGUAUGCGUUCUCCUCGCAUCUAUCCAGCGAGCUGGCUAGCCUGAGCGGGAAGAUCGAUUAUCAGGCGUGGAUUGGAGCGAGUAAGCCGAUUUGUUAUGAGACGAAGGCUAUUUGGGGGUUGAGUAUUGCUCUCUGGUGA